AUGGACGUAACUAUGGCUGUUCUGUUGGCAUUGGUUCUGGGACUUCUUAUGGUCAAGUUUGCUUUGUUUCAGCCAAGAAACCCAAAUUCCCCACCUUGCGUUAGUGGCUGGAUCCCUUGGUUGGGAGCUGCAUUUGAGUUUGGGAAAGCUCCCCUGGAGUUUAUAGAACAAGCCAGAGUCAAGUAUGGGCCAGUAUUCACAGUGUUUGCUCUGGGAAACCGAUUCACCUUUGUGACUGAGGAAGAGGGGAUUGAAGCAUUUUUUACAUCUAAGGACAUAGAUUUUGAGCAGGCGGUGCAGCAAACGGUCCAGCGCACAACUUCAGUUCCUGCAGAAUUCUUUUAUCGGAACCAUAGCAGACUCUAUAGCAUGAUGAAAGGAAAAAUGGGUACCUCUAGCCUGUACCUUUUUGCUGGGACUCUGUGUCAAGAAUUACACGAGCACAUGGACUGCUUGGGCACAGCAGGAACUGAGAAUCUCAGUGAUCUAAUAAGAUCUGUCAUGUAUCCAGCAACCGUAAAUAUCUUAUUUGGAAAAGGUGUCUGUCCAACAAACAAGAGUGACAUCAAGGAGUUUGAAGAGCAUUUUCAGAAGUAUGAUGAGGAUUUUGAAUAUGGGUCCCAGAUGCCUGAGUAUUUUAUGAGAAACUGGUCUAAAUCCAAAAAAUGGCUUCUAAAAGUGUUUGAAAAAGUGGUAUCAGACGCUGAGAGAGCCAACCCGCCAGAGAGCAAUUCCAAGACACUGCUGCAGCAUCUCCUGGAUAACUUGCAUGGAAAACAUUUAGCUCCCAAUUAUGCUCUCUUAUUGCUCUGGGCCUCCCAAGCGAAUGCUAUGCCUGUGGCAUUUUGGACCCUGGCAUUUAUACUAUCCCACACUUCUAUUUACAAGAAGAUCAUGGAGGACAUCGUUUCUGUUUUUGGCAAAGCAGGUAAAGAGAAUAUUGAAAUAUCUGAAGAUGACCUUAAGAAGCUUCUCUUAAUUAAAUGGUGCACUUUGGAAGCCAUCCGACUAAGGUCUCCAGGUGCAAUCACUAAGAAAGUGGUGAAUCCAAUAAAAAUUCAGACUUUCACCAUCCCUGCAGGUGACAUGCUGAUGUUGUCUCCAUAUUGGGUGCACAGGAAUCCAAAAUACUUUCCUGAUCCUGAAACAUUCAAACCUGAUCGUUGGAAAGAGGCAAAUUUAGAGAAGAAUGCUUUCUUGGACGGCUUCGUGGCAUUUGGAGGAGGGAAGCAUCAAUGUCCAGGAAGGUGGCUUGCUAUAAUGGAGGUUCACAUGCUAGUCGUUUUGUUCCUUUACAAAUACGAAUUUAUUCUUUUGGACCCAGUACCAAAGGAGAGCCUUCUCCAUUUAGUGGGGACACAGCAGCCCGUGGGAGCAUGCCGGGUUCAGUAUAAACUCCGGCAAUGA